GAACAGGGGACGUGGGGGAAACGGGGUGACCCCCCACCGUCCCCGCACGUUGCCACCAUGUCGCUGCCCUCUGUCUACCAGAACAAGUUCGCCGAGAAGCUGACGAUCCUCAAUGACCGGGGACGGGGCGUCCUGGUCCGCAUAUACAACAUCAAGAAGACCUGCUCCGAUCCCAAGACACGGCCGCCCUUCCUCAGCGACAAGGCCAUGGAGCCCUCCGUCAAGUUCAUCAACAAGAAGUUUCCUCACCUGGAUGUGCGGAGCAGCACGCAACACCUGGGGCCGGUGCACAAGGACAAGGGGGACAUCGCUCGGGUGCUGGGACCCUUUUACCACUCCUUCCUGGACGUUCUGGAGUUCAGGGACCAUGUCUACGAGCUGCUGAACACCAUCGAUGCCAGCCAGUGCUUCUUCGACAUCCACGUCAACUACGACUUCACCAAGAGCUACCUGGACCUGGUUGUCACCUAUGUGUCCCUCGUACUGCUGCUGGCUCGCACUGAGGACCGCCGGCUGCUCAUCGGCAUGUACCACUGUGCCCACGAGAUGAGCCACGGCACCAGUGACCCCAGCUUCGCCCGCCUGGGACAGAUGGUGCUGGAGUACGACCACCCCCUCAAGAAGCUGAUGGAGGAAUUUGGGCCGCACACCAAGGCUGUCACCAGCGCCCUUCUGUCCCUCCAUUUCCUCUUCGCCCGAAGGAACCAGGGGGCUGAGCAGUGGCGCAGCGACCAGCUCCUCAGCCUGCUCAGCACCACUGGCACCAUGCUCAGCCCUGCCAGCUCCGACACUAUGGCCUGCGAGUACCUAUCUCUGGAGGUGAUGGAGCGCUGGAUCCUCAUGGGGUUCCUGGUGUGCCCGGGGGCUCUGGGCUCGUCCCCACAGUGCCUGGAGCUGUGGCGGCUGGCGCUGCAGGGCUCGCUCUACAUCACCCUUCUCCGCGACGAAGCCCUCCAGGUCCACAAGGUCACCGAGGAGCUGCUCAGCAGCCUCAAGGGGUAUGGGAAGCGGGUGGCUGAUCUCAAGGAGUGCAAGGAACACGCUGUGGCUCACAGCGGCUCCCUGCACCGGGGCCGGCGGGCAUACCUGCGUGGGGCUGUGCGGGAACUGGAGGUGCUGCUGGAGGACCAGCCUGGGCUGCUGGGACCCAAGGCUCUCUUCGUCUUCAUGGCGCUGUCCUUCUGCCGGGACGAGGUGAGCUGGCUGGUGCGGCACGCUGAGCAUGUCACCAAGACCAAGACGCCUGAGGACUUUGCUGACAACCACAUCGCGGAGCUGCUCUUUCUCAUGGAGCAGCUGCGGAGCCUGGUGCGGCGGCACGUUGGGGUGCUGCAGCGCUACCAUGUCCAGUACCUGGCCCGCUUUGACGCCCUGGUUCUCAGCGAAGUCAUACAGAACCUUUCUGUGUGCCCUGAGGAGGAGUCCAUCAUCCUGUCGUCCUUCGUCAGCUCCCUCUCGGCUCUCUCUGUCAAGGAAGUUGAUGACAAGGAGCAGUUUGAUUUCACACCGCUCCGCCUGGACUGGUUCCGGCUGCAGGCCUACACCAGCGUGGCCAAGGCCUCGCUGCCGCUGGGCUCCAACCACGACGUGGGUCGCGUCAUGAACCUCAUCGUCUUCCACACCAAACUGCUCGACUCCCUGGAGGAGCUGCUGGCCGAGGCCUCCGACCUCUCCGACCUGUGUUUCUACCCUCGCCCCGUGGAGAAGAUGUUUGUGGCAACGAUGGAGGAGCCCUCGAUGCUGCGCUACAGUAUCGCCUUCCCUCUGCUCUGCAGCCACUUCUCCCGCUGCAUCCACCCCAUGUGCCCGGAGGAGUAUCCCCACCUGAAGGCCAUAGCGCUGGGGCUGUGCAACAAAUUCCUGGAGGAGAUGGCCCGGCAGGCCAGCACCUGUGUCAUGGAUGCCUGUGCCGAGCAGCACAACCUCAGCGAGCAGCUGCUGCCCAAGCACUGCGCCUCCACCGUCAGCAAAGCCCGCAACAAGAAGACAAUGAAGCAGCCGGCCAAGAAGGGGGAGCCUGAGCGGGACAAGCCAGGGGCUGAGAGCCAGAGGAAGGACCGGACCCUGACCACCAACAUGGACAAGCUGCACCUGACGCUGGCUGAGCUGUCCCUGAGCCUUAACCACGUGCCCAACUUCACCGUCUUCGAGCACACGGUGACACCGGCUGAGUACCUCAGCAGCCACUUGGAGACACGCCUCACCAAGGCCAUUGUGGCCAUGGCAGGCUACAGCCAGGCCACGCAGGAGGUGGCCCGACCCUCGGAGGUGCUGGUGGGGCUGAGCGCCUACAUGACCUUCAUCCAGUCGCUGGGGCAGUUUGUGGGCUUGGACACGGGGCGCAUCAUCCGCAGUGUCCUCCUGCAGCAGACGCAGCCCCGCGACGCUGCCGGCGAGCAGACGCUCACCACCAUCUACACCAACUGGUACCUGGAGGCCCUGCUGCGGCAGGCCAGCACGGGGGCCAUCAUCCUGGCCCCAGCCCUGCAGGCUUUUGCCACGGUGCCCCAGGAGGGCGAGCCCCACUUCAGUGCCGCCGAAUUCUCCGAUGUCUCAGAGAUGCGGGCGCUGGCCGAGCUCAUCGGGCCAUACGGCAUGAAGUUCCUGAGCGACAACCUCAUGUGGCACGUGGGCUCCCAGGUCACUGAGCUGAAGAAGCUGGUCAACGAGAAUAUGGACACGCUGGUCCAGCUGCGCUCCAGCUCCUGCAAGCCCGAGCAGAUGGCGGCUCUGCUGCCCCGACUGACCUCGGCCGAAAACGUCCUGAAGCGCAUGACCAUCAUCGGGGAGAUCCUGAGCUUCCGUGCCAUGGCCCAGCAGGGCCUGCGGGAGGUCUUCUCCCACCACUGCCCCUUCCUGAUGGGCCCCAUCGAGUGUUUGACGGACGUUGUCACCCCCGACACCGACAUCCAGGUCACCCUGAGCAUUUUUGAGCUGGCCUCGGCUGCGGGGAUCCCCUGCGAGGUCGACCCCGCGUUGGUGAAUGUCCUCGCUGGCAGCAAGACAGAUGGCUCAUCCCCGGAGGAAGACUACAAGGUGGCCUGCUUGCUCCUGGUCUUUGUGGCCGUGUCCCUGCCCCUGCUGGCCUCCGACCCGGCGUCCUUCUACAACACCGAGGUGGACGGCUACAACAACAACAUCCACUGCCUGGCCAAGGCCAUCAUCCACGUGUCGGCCGCCCUCUUCACUGUCCACAACAAGAACAUCGAGACCCACCUCAAGGAGUUCCUGCUGCUGGCCUCCGUCAGCCUCCUGCAGCUUGGCCAGGAGACGGACAAGGUGCGUGCCAGGAACCGCGACUCCAUCUCCCUGCUGAUGCAGCUGAUCGUGGCAGAGUCGUCCUUCCUGACAGUGGACAUGCUGGAGACCUGCUUCCCCUACGUCCUGCUCCGCAACGCCUACCGCGAGGUGUGCCGGGAAAACAUGCUCAGCAGGGUCCCCUCGCACUGA